AUGAAGCUCAAUAUGGGCCCGCAUCUCGCAUUGAGUCCCAGAAACGCAAUCGACAAAACUUGGCGCUACAUGAACGGGGCCUUCAACGUUGUAAAGUCGUCAGGAAAGCUCGUCCAAAUGAUCCCACAUCACAACACGGGCCUUUCAACAGUCUGUAAGGGACUACGCAACGGCGAAGAGGGCUCGUUUUGCGCCAAACAGACGUCGCGUUCAAAUAGUGAUAGUGGCAGCACAAGGCGCGACACAGUCGUACAACGGCAUGUGGCGCGCUCGCCCAUAUCGUCAGAGACGACGCUCUACACCACAGAGACCACAUCAUCAUCAUCACAGAGCUCAUCGCAUCAACAAGACACAACAAGUCAUUCAAGAAGGCGGCGGCGCCAUCGUCGAGUGGCUCAAAGAGUUCAUUUCGAAGACGAGGUACCGCAAGACCCCUUCAUCAUCACCAUCCCCCUCAACUAG